AUGCCUGCCAAGAAGAAGCCCACCAAGUCAAAGUCCUCAAAAAAGGAGGAGCUGCCAGACCCCGAGACAGUCAAGAGCGGAACAGCGACCGUGUUCGUCGGCGACUGGUCCUUGUACGACACUAUCGAGUCGGUGAGCGAGGUGAGUAGGUUGGUGAUCGCCGCCAACACGGAUGCCAACGGCGUUGUGACAGCGCCGCUGCCGCGCACGAAUAUCCUCGUCCUCCCUACAGAGGACGCCAACGACGACAAUGACAACGAUGCAGCAUCGCCCCUAUUCACUGUCGAGGUGGCUGAUCAACUCUUUAUCGAGGGCGUUUCUCGCCGUCAAUGUGCUCAGGCCCAGUCUCUGGUGAAGACCUGGCUGCCAGUCACCGUAACGCCGACAGAAGCGACGGGCCUCAGCGAGCAACCGCAGGUGCCUGCACCGGAAGAGGCGUCGGUGAACCCCUACGCAGAUGCCCUACGUGAUGGACGGUACAUCCAGACAGUGUCGGUUGGAGCGAACUAUGCUGCACGUGACGUCGUGAUUCGCGGCCACUGCUCAAUUGAAGGUGUUGCCCCCAACAUUGUUGUGCCGCCCGAGCUUCCGGCGAAGCCGGACCUGAACGCAGUGGCGCUAGACCCUCCCCCCAGCGACGCCGCGGCCUCCGAGGCGGGCGGGUCUGCCAAACCGACGAAAAAGGGGACCGCUAAAAACAAAAAGAAAUCCAAGCUGAAGCUGACGCCAGAACAGGUGGCGGAGCUUGAGAGGAAGAGAGCCGAGUUGGAGGCGCAGUACAUGCAGCAAACGGAGGAGGCGGUGCAACGCGCGAAGCAGCAGUCCGACUACCUCAUGACCUUCGCCCACCCCAACCGCUGGGCACACGUAGUGUUCCGCCACAUGACGUUCGCCGGUCCUGUAGAGAUACACCGUGCCCACGUCUCAUUUCAAAACUGUCGCUUUGUCGGCAGCACCAACACAGACAUGCCGAAUCGUCCGCUGCUCCUUAUCAGCCAAUACUGCCGCGUACAGUGCACCAAGUGCAGCUUCGAGGCGCCGCAGCGCUGUGGCAUCUACGCUCUCCCGAGCGCGCUGGUGGAAGUGCGGAAGUGCCUCUUCACCGGCGUGACGCAGGAUGUUCUGUGGGCCGCCGAACUGCCAGGUGUAUCGCCGCAGAGCGCUGGUACCGCCGGCCCAUCAGAAGUGGACGGCGACGACGACGACGGCACUGUCCAUGGCGGACCUGACACAUCGACAAACGCGACUAACGCGCCCAGUGUCGGCCACAAAGACACCGGUGUGCUCUCGUUUCCUGUGACUCUCAGUGGCACGUUACAGGAAGCGGCGCACGCUGCCCUCGCCCACCGUGACGCAGCCGUCGGGAUCCUGACAGACUGCGCCAAGCUGUUCGUGCACGGUUGCGACUUUCUUUUCCUGGGGGUCGGCGUCUAUGUGAAGGGUGUCUACACCGCCUACAUCGCUCGCCGCAGGAUAGCCCCGAAGGUGCCUCAAGCGCUGACGCCAGAGGCGUGUGACGCGUCUUUGGACGGCAACUCGUUUCACCACUUUGCUAACGCAGCGCUUUUACUGGAUGGGUCAGCGCGACUCGUUUCGAUUCGCCGUAGUUAUGUCGAGGGGUCCGCACACUAUGGGCUAGAUUGCCAGGGCGGUGUUCACUCGGUGCUGGUGCGACAGAACUACUUUGCGGCGGACGCGACAGUGCGCAUUCGCGAAGGCGCCAACGUUGCGAUGCUGCAGAACGAUUUCCAGAGCAUCCCACAGAAUGAUAACUCGUGCGAAAACCCGUGUCUGCAAACCGUGUACUAA